CUUUCCGCGGGGAAGAGCCUUGCCCGGCGGAGAGCUCGGCGCCUCCUCGGGUUCGCUCGGCUUUCCAUCGAGCAGCAGGGCUGGAGGAUUGCUCCUUCCUCGUUUCUGUGGCUUCCCGGCAGUCCCCGCCUUCCGUGCUUACUGUAAAGCUCUGCGGGCUCCUUCCCUGCCCCGCCGGAGCAGGCGCAGGACGGCCGGAGGGCGGGUGCCAGGGUCUGGCACCGGGUCCCAGCCCCGCACCGCUCGCUGCCCACCUCCAUGCCCGACACCCUUCCUCUUCCCCCCGGCGAGAAGGUCUCCGGAGCCGGCCAGGAUGGCGCAGUGGAACCAGCUGCAGCAGCUCGACACGCGCUACCUGGAGCAGCUCCACCAGCUCUACAGCGACAGCUUCCCCAUGGAGCUGCGGCAGUUCCUGGCCCCGUGGAUUGAGAGCCAGGACUGGGCGUACGCUGCCAACAAGGAGUCUCACGCCACGCUGGUGUUCCACAACCUGCUGGGGGAGAUCGACCAGCAGUACAGCCGCUUCCUGCAGGAGUCCAACGUCCUCUACCAGCACAACCUGCGGCGCAUCAAGCAGUUCCUGCAGAGCAGAUACUUGGAGAAGCCGAUGGAAAUAGCUCGCAUCGUGGCUCGCUGCCUCUGGGAAGAGUCCCGGCUCCUGCAGACGGCCGCCACCGCAGCCCAGCAAGGGGGACAGGCGACGCAUCCGACAGCAGCCGUGGUGACAGAAAAGCAGCAGAUGCUGGAGCAGCACCUGCAGGAUGUGAGGAAGAGGGUGCAGGAUCUGGAGCAGAAGAUGAAAGUGGUGGAGAAUCUCCAGGAUGACUUUGAUUUUAACUACAAGACUUUGAAAAGCCAAGGGGACAUGCAGGAUCUGAACGGGAACAACCAGUCGGUGACACGGCAGAAGAUGCAGCAGCUGGAACAGAUGCUCACGGCGCUGGACCAGAUGCGAAGGGGGAUAGUGAGCGAGCUGGCUGGCCUGCUGUCGGCCAUGGAGUACGUGCAGAAGAUGCUGGCAGACGAGGAGCUGGCGGACUGGAAGAGACGGCAGCAAAUUGCUUGCAUCGGCGGCCCACCAAAUAUCUGCUUGGACCGGCUGGAGAACUGGAUAACCUCUCUUGCCGAAUCGCAGCUACAGACCCGGCAGCAGAUCAAGAAGCUGGAAGAGCUGCAACAGAAAGUGUCCUACAAGGGCGACCCCAUCGUCCAGCACCGGCCCAUGCUGGAGGAGCGCAUCGUGGAGCUCUUCAGGAACCUGAUGAAAAGCGCGUUUGUGGUGGAGAGGCAGCCCUGCAUGCCCAUGCACCCCGACCGGCCCCUGGUCAUCAAAACCGGCGUGCAGUUCACCACCAAAGUCAGGUUGUUGGUGAAGUUCCCCGAGCUGAAUUACCAGCUGAAGAUCAAAGUCUGCAUCGACAAGGACUCUGGUGAUGUUGCAGCACUCCGGGGGUCGCGGAAGUUUAACAUCCUGGGGACGAACACCAAGGUCAUGAACAUGGAGGAGUCCAACAACGGCAGCCUCUCGGCGGAGUUCAAGCACCUGACCCUGCGGGAGCAGCGAUGCGGGAACGGAGGCAGAGCCAACUGUGAUGCCUCGCUGAUCGUGACCGAGGAGCUGCACCUCAUCACCUUCGAGACAGAGGUGUACCACCAGGGGCUGAAGAUCGACCUGGAGACCCACUCGCUGCCCGUGGUGGUGAUCUCCAACAUCUGCCAGAUGCCCAACGCCUGGGCGUCCAUCCUGUGGUACAACAUGCUGACCAACAACCCCAAGAACGUCAACUUCUUCACCAAGCCCCCCAUCGGGACGUGGGACCAGGUGGCGGAGGUGCUGAGCUGGCAGUUCUCCUCCACCACCAAGCGAGGCCUCAGCAUCGAGCAGCUGACGACGCUGGCCGAAAAACUGCUCGGGCCAGGUGUGAAUUACUCGGGCUGUCAGAUCACCUGGGCCAAGUUCUGCAAGGAGAACAUGGCUGGGAAAGGCUUCUCGUUUUGGGUCUGGCUGGACAACAUCAUCGACUUGGUGAAGAAAUACAUCCUGGCGCUGUGGAACGAGGGGUACAUCAUGGGCUUCAUCAGCAAGGAGCGGGAGCGAGCCAUCCUCAGCACCAAGCCCCCGGGCACCUUCCUGCUGCGAUUCAGCGAGAGCAGCAAGGAGGGCGGCAUCACCUUCACCUGGGUGGAGAAGGACAUCAGCGGGAAAACCCAGAUCCAGUCCGUGGAGCCUUACACCAAGCAGCAGCUGAACAGCAUGUCGUUCGCCGAGAUCAUCAUGGGCUACAAGAUCAUGGACGCCACCAACAUCCUGGUGUCCCCCCUGGUCUACCUGUACCCCGACAUCCCCAAGGAGGAGGCGUUUGGGAAGUACUGCCGCUCCGAGAGCCAGGAGCACUCGGAAGCCACCGACUCAGGUAGUGCUGCUCCCUAUCUAAAGACCAAGUUCAUCUGUGUCACCCCCACCUCCUUCAGCAACACCAUCGACCUGCCCAUGUCCCCGCGCACCCUGGACUCGCUCAUGCAGUUCGGUAACAGCAGCGAGGGAGCCGAGGCCAACGCGGCGGCCAGUUCGAGUCGCUGACCUUCGACAUGGAGCUGACCCCGGAGUGCGCUUCUUCACCGAUGUGACCUGCUGCCCCCUGCUCGUGGGACCCCCCCCGGCUCGGGCUGCCCCCACUGCCCCCCGGUCUCACCCCGUUAGGUCUCGUCCUCUCUGGGCCUGUUCCCUGGAGGAGCUGGGGGCCGUGAUCCCUGCCACCGACUCCUCCUGUGACCCACCCGAACGCCCACCUCUCGGCGGUGGUGCUGGUUGUCUCUCUGGGGGGAGAGGGGGGACGAGGAGGGGGGGGUCGAACCUUUUUCUAUUUCCUUCCGUAAUGUUUUUUUUUUUUUUUUUUAAUCCUUGUUUUGCUCAUUCAAGUGCCUCUUAGCCUCCGAUCGCAGCCUUGGUUCUUACAAACGCUUCCGCAGCCCCUGCCCUCGAACGCUGCUCUCCGACCGCCCGCGGCCAUCGCACGAGCCUGGAUUUCUCCUCCGGGGGGCCAAGAGGGCACCAACCAGCCCUAACCUCCUCCGGGGGGGUCACCGGUUUCCAACGGGUCCCCUGGCAGCCCCCCGGGAGCUGGUGGAGGGGGCUCACCUCUGCGCCUCCCGCUGGCCCCCUGCUCGUGGCCACCAGCACCCAGCGAGCGGCUCCGCGUUGAGCCCAGUUUUCCAUCCCCGUCCUCGGGGGCUCUGCCGGGAGCAGGGGGCUUCGGUAGGCUCCCCGUGCUUGCUGCUGCCCUCCUGCUGCGGGCAGAAAGAGGCCGUGAGAUGCAGCAGCCCCAGGCACAGGCUGUUUUCCCUGCUGGGCAGAGCCCCCCAGGGCAGGGGGGCGAAGCGUCCCGGCACCGGUGCGCGCCCCUGAGCGCGCAGUGGUUGCAUCUCGGGUCCCUUUUGGGACCGGGGCUGGGUGUCCAGGCUCGGCCCUUUCCCCUCUGACACUGCUCGUGGUGGCUGGGGAGGGGGCUUGCAGCUCCUGGGGGGCUUCGUGAGGUGCUCGGGUUGGGGUCAGGCUGUGGCUGUGGGGCUAGGAGGUGGCGAGGGUGGAAGGGAGUGGGGUGGAUGAAGGCGGGGGGGGUUGGAGAAGCUGCUCCGUGCUCCCCCAGCCCGGGGCAGCCCUCCUGCCCUUCCCACCCAGGUUUUGGUUCAUCCCCAGCCUGAAGGAGAGGUUGGGGGGCAAGGAAAGGGGGGGGAGAAGCAGAUUGAGAGCUGCUGACCCCCCCCCAGAGAGCAGCUGGGAGCCCCUUGCGGCACCAGGGGCUGUGGGGUGGCACGGGGGGGGGUGCGUGCACUAUGGGGCAGAGCGGUGGGACCCGAGAGGUGCUGGUACCAGCAGAGAUGUCUUACUGGGGGCAGCACGAGGGGGUGUGCAGGUCUUGGUUCUGUAGGGGGAGAGAUGCCCACCUGGCUGGUAUCCAGUGGCCACGCUGUGGGGCUGGGGGAGCUCUGGUGGCUUCGGGGCACGGCUCCAGCUUUUAUACCCCAUUCUGCCGGGGCAUGCCUGGUCAGGAUCAGGCAGGGAGCCAGAGGGCAGCGUCGUGGGCAGGGCAGGAUCCGUCCCGUGCCCCGGGAAAGGGGAAAAGGGCUGCGGGGUCGGUCGUGGCCACCCUUGGGCAGGACGGGGGCCCUUUGGAGUCGGUGGGUGCUCAGAGGGGAUGAGGGGGAUGCCGGUCGCUUGUCCCCCUGUUGCUGGCGCAGUCACCGUAGCCCCGGGCAACUUUCAAUACUGUAAAAAAUUUUAUUUUUUUGUAUAUUGUAUUGCUGUAUCUACAGGCUUGAACUUUCUCCAAAAUAAAAGGCUCUCAAGCGA